GGAAAGCAGAUCCCUUUCGGCGAAAGCUGUCUGCCACAGCGUCUCGAGAUUCGGCAUGUCCCCUUACACGCUCAACACGCGCCAACAGCUUUUCCGGGUUUCGGGGCGACUUUAAUCCAACGCGUGGAUUCAAAUUCUGAGAUCGUUCAUCCAACGGUGGAGAUCUGCUCACCUUGUUCUAUAAAUAGGUGCAUUCUGGAGACGCGACUGUUCACUCCAAAGGAAAAGAAAUUUUCUUCCGAGCUCAAGCCUUUCUCUCUCAACUCUUCAGCCUUUCUCUUCUCAAAUCCCCAGUUUUUCACUCUCAAAUCUUCAAUCCUUCUCUCUCAGAUCUUUUCUUCCAUUUGAAGAUUCGAUCUCUUCUUUCCUCUGAACUUUCAGAUCUCCAAUACCCCUUCAUCGACCUUAAUCCUUCUAAGGUCAAUCUCCCACAAACACUCAACAACUUCGUUCUUCAAUUUACACUUCCUCUCAACUCAUCACCAUGGAACCACGAACUCUGCAACUAAUGGAGCUACAAACCCAGCAACAAAUCGAGGAUGGAGGAAACAACCAAGCAGCCGGGAGUAGUGCCAACACAGAUUUCUGGCGAAGCCGUGCCAGGUGGGUUCCUACUCCAGAUCAAAUAAGGAUCCUCAGGGAUCUUUACUACGACAAGGGAGUUAAGACCCCAACUACAGAGCAGAUUCACGAGAUCUGUCUCCAGCUGCAACAGUAUGGACAGGUUGAGGGCAAGAACAUUUAUUUUUGGUUCCAGAAUGUCAGGGCUCGAGAGAAGCAGAUGAAGAGGUGCAAUCAGGCUGCUCAAGUGCCCAUGGGAACUAGUUCUCCUGGUACUGGUGGAUCCAUUGAUCUCAAUUUUGGGUCCACUGGUUCUACUGGUGCUGGUGGAUCCAUCGACAUCAAUUUUGGGCCAGCUGGUGGAUCCAUUGACAUCAAUUUUGGGUCCACUAGUUCUACUGGUGCUGGUGGAUCCAUUGAUCUCAAUUUUGGUUCCACUGCUUCUACUGGAGGACAAUCUUCCAUGGAACAACGAGGAGGAGUUCGCCAGGAGUUUGAAACUCUUCCUCUGUUCCCCGUGCACGGCGAGGACGUCUAUGGUAACCCGAAGACUACUUCCGAGGAAGGUAGCGCAUAUGAUUACUAUUUCGGUGGCUCAGGCGGUUACAACCGUGGAUCUCCAGUUUCUCUUGAGCUCAGCCUCAACCCAUCCGGAGCUACUGAUUAGGCUUAGUAUAGCGUAGUUCCAAUUUCCUUUUUGUAAUAUUAAAUCAAUAAGAUGGUGUGCAUGUUUUCUUUUC